AUUCCAAAAAAAGUAAAUAAAUAAAUAAAAAAUAAAAGAAAUGUCCUCUCAUGCGUACCGAUUAAUUAAUUAACUAAAUUUUAAGAAGAAAUAAGUUAUCAUCAUCAAUAUAAAGAUCUAAAAUCUUCUGAAUAAUCAUUUUCAUGUUUGAAAAGAAAUUAAACCAAAUCCAACCCGAAUUUUCACCCCCACCCCCCGAAAAAAAAAAAAAACAAAUUCCAACCCCGAAUUCUCUGGUGAAUUUUAAAAAUAUUAGUUAAUUCGGCAUAUUAUUUCUAUGUUUUUGGUGCUUAGCAGCACUGGAGCGGCAGAAUAGCUGAAAGUCAGCUUCCUCGAAAAUUUCAGAUAUGGCAGUUUAACAACUUGCUGUCACCAAACGAUGUCGUGUGGUUUCGCGGUGUAGCAUAUGGAGCAACCCAAUCCAAUCCCUUCUGUUCACUCAGUUCUGUGGAAGUUGAAAGAGCAUGGAUUCUCCAUCUUCCAUGACCUUUCCCACUCCGAUCUCAAUAUUACAUAAAACUUGGAACUCACUCUUGGGGUUUGCUUGUGCGUACAAUUUAUAUAUUUGAAAUGGAGUUGUACAUGUCAAUGAAUUGCAGCCAGGUUCAAGCGAGCUCCUUUGGCAAAUGCAAGCAAACACAUCUUUACAGUUUUCCAUGUCCAUACUGCCUGCAGCAGUGGAGGAACAGUACCAUGGAUGAAGCUUGAAUGAAAAGUCCCAUGUGCCCUGUUUAAAAACCGCAAAAUUUGGAAACUUAAAAAUAGGUUGUUGUAUACAAUGAAAGCAAAGGUCCCCUCUAGCUCUUUGUGCUCCACUGUAGGAAGUUUGUUGUGCACGAUAUAGAAUAAAUAAUGAUGCUCUUAUCCAAAAAAAAAAAAAAAAAAUGAUCUGUCCAAUGGUUCCGUAUUUUAACCUUUGAAUUACCUUUGCGCCUGAUGUCAUAUGUUUCUAGAUUUUAUAAGGAAAUAUAAGGGAAUGGGAUUCAGUUCUGAGUGUUGAAUUUAUUAUUGCUGUUAUUAUUUUUCUUGAGUUGCAGAAUGUUUAUUUUGCGGUGUGAAUUCUUCAACUUUAGCAUCUCAUUUUCAAAAGGGCAUUUCAAAAAAUAAGGUUUUACGUAUUUGGUUGUAUCCAUUGGGACUGUAAAAUAAUUUCCUGAAGCAAUGGGAUUAGGAAUCACAUUGAUUUAAUGCUUCUCACUGAAAAUGUUUACCAAAAAAAGAUAACGAAAUUAUUUUCCUAAUCAAUUUCAUAUUAGAAUACUUCUCCCUCAAGUCGAGUUUUAUUCUUGCAAACCACAUGUCACUUAUGACGACUAGUUUAUGGCCAAAAGAUUUGGCCAAUCGUAGAGUCCCAUGUGGUCUAAACUAAUUAUAUUGCUGUUAUUAUAGAAUGAUUAUAUGUCUGUUUCUCUCUCUCUCGCUCUCUUUCUCUGAAAAGUCAUAUCCAUCAAAAGUGAAACGGUUAGUGUCAUCCCAACGCCUCGUUCAUGAUAAAGUGAAUCGGUCUUUAUCGGUGGCAUGUAGACUCUCCUACCAAACAAAGAAGUAAUUUUUUUUCUUUGCUAGUUUAGAGGAUUCUUCUCUUAUGGCUUUCAUGGCAAGACAAAUCAAAUAUGUGCCCACCAACUUUGCUUAUACCUCAAAGCAACCAACCAUAACACUUAAUUGUGGCUGGAAAGAAACAAAGUGAGAGAGAUAAGAGAGAGACUAAUCUGUUUCUGCUAUCUUCACUGUAAGGGGGGGAAAAAUAAAAAUAAAAAGCUUCUUAAUGCUUCUUGAACAAGAAUAAUGGAAUUGAGAGCCAAUGUGGCCUCACAACCCAACUGACACCAAUCAUGCUGUUAUCCCUCUCAAACCUUUCUUAAACCCAUUGUCUGUUCUGCUUCCAUGGUGGACAAGAAUCAUCAGACCAAAUAACUGGCAUUUGCCAAAACUUUGUCAGCCGCAUUUGGAAUCUGUCUGCCAAUCAGCAGUGUCAAUGACAAUGGCCACUUCAUCAACUGCUAGAAUACUCAUAGGCAUCUCUUUGGACCCAGAUGAAAGUAAAGAGCUUCUCUCAUGGGCAAUCACCGUUCUAGCUCACCCAAAUGACAACAUUAUUGCCACGCAUAUUCUUGUUGUCAAGGAGAGGAAAAAAAAUGAAUUAAGAACAGAAUACCAAUCGCAGCUUCGCCGAGCCAAAGCCUAUGUGAUAUCAGUGCUAGGAGAAUUUGCCGGGACCUGCCAAUCCAAGCAGGUGAACUUGGAGGCCAGAGUAGGGUUUAGCUCUAGUAUUCGACGAGGUCUAAUUAAGGAAGCAAAAUCUGUUUCAGCCGACUAUCUUCUUCUUCGAGCCUCAAGAGACCGAUCAAAAAGACAUCCAAGCAUUGCAAGGUACUGUUUUCGACAUGCCCCCAGUGGCUGCACGCUGGUCUUAUACGGGAAAUUUGAGCGACCCCAACAACAUUCAGAUUCAGAUUCUACAAUCUCUAAAGGUAGAUCACUGUUUCAAGAACUUGUGAGAUGGCAUGUGGAUUCCUUUCGUAGUAUGUUUUCUCAUCCGUCUCUCACAGCAGAAAGUCGUGAAUCAAGUUCAAGGUGGAUAAACAAGAACACUAAAAGUGGCCCUGCCAUCUCCCCUUCACAAAACUCCAUUGCUUCAGAAACAAAAAACACAAGUCCUUCACCAAGAACCGUCCUCGAUGAACUCGAAACAGAGUAUCAGAGCACAGAAGAUGACAGUACCCUCAGCUGUGGGGAUUCCACCAUCACAGAUACACCCCCUUCAGGUCCAAAGUUAAGGGACCAAACCAACCAAAGAAAGCAAGCAUUAUCUCCCUGCAAGUUUAUCUUCUCUUUCCUUGGUUCGCCAUUCAGGAAAAGAAAUUGUGGGCAAGAAAUUAAACAGCCUCUGUUAAAGUGCUUCAGCUAUGAGGAAAUCAUGAAUGCUACAAAUGAUUUCCAUCCAGAUAAUAUGGUGGGUCGUGGUGGAUACUCCGAAGUAUAUAGAGGUGACCUUGCUGAUGGAAAAACCAUUGCAGUGAAGAGGUUAGCCAAGGACAAUAAGGAUGCUAACAAAGAGAAAGAGUUCCUCAUGGAACUUGGCGUAAUUGGCCAUGUUAGCCAUCCAAAUACUGCUAAGUUAGUGGGCUGCUGUAUUGAAAAUGGACUCUAUCUCAUCUUCAAUUUGUCUGAGAACGGAAAUUUGGCAUCCGCAUUGCAUGGCAAUACAGGCAAGUCACUUGACUGGCCUAUCAGAUACAAAAUUUGCAUAGGAGUAGCAAGAGGUCUGCAUUAUCUUCAUAAAUGUUGCAAGCACAGAAUAAUUCACCGCGAUAUAAAAGCCUCAAAUGUCCUUCUUGGCCCAGAUUACGAACCACAGAUCACAGACUUUGGACUAGCAAAAUGGCUUCCCAAUAAAUGGACUCACCAUGCUGUGAUUCCAAUAGAGGGUACAUUUGGAUACUUAGCUCCAGAGUACUUUAUGCAUGGAAUUGUGGAUGAGAAAACAGAUGUUUUUGCAUAUGGAGUUCUUCUUUUGGAGAUUGUGACUGGCCGAAGGCCUGUGGAUUCCUCCAAGAAAAAUCUUCUACUUUGGGCAAAGCCUCUUAUGGAAUCAGGAGACAUUGCCACACUAGCUGAUCCAGAAAUGGAAGGCAAAUACGAUGUAGAACAACUCCAUAGAGUAAUACUAACAGCUUCGUAUUGUAUCAGACAAUCCUCAAUAUGGCGUCCAACAAUGACUGAGGUGUUGGAGGUUCUAACUAAUGGCCAUGACUCUGAGGUUGCAAGAAGCUGGAGGAUUCCAAAAUUCACAUCUGAUGAGUUGGAUGAUUACUCAAUGGUUUAUGGCUAUGAAGUUCCUUCUGAUAUUCUCUUAGAGGAUUGUUUAUGAUUAUAUGUAGCUUUUUUUAUUUUAUUUUAUUUCUUUUUUUUGUGUUACUGGUUUUAGUUUUAGGUUUUAAUUCCUUUGUGACACAGAGAAAUACAGUUGACUAAGUGAUACAACAAAGAUUUCCCCCGCCCCUUUUUUUUUUUUUUUUGAGUUUGUAAAACUUUUGACAGAAAUUUGAUCUUUGUUUAAAUUGGAUUGGAUACAAGGACACAUGGAAGAGCGGUAUCCCU